AUGGCAACUACCAUCAACAUUGAAAAGUCCGAUGAUCUACUCGUCAAAAUUGAAAAUCUCUCCAAUUUAGCCAAGGCAUCAUGCUAUAAAAGCAAAGGCAAGACACUUAGAGACUACAUUGACAACUUGCUGGAUGUAUUGGAUGAUUUGAUUCGGCUUUCUGCUGAUCGGUUCAUGAGCUUGGGUGAUAUCGAUCAUGAUGACAUUGAGGAAGACGAGUAUGAACAGUACAUUGUUCACCCCAAUGAUAUCAUUCGAGCCAAGGGAUACUCCAGUGCCAUCUUGUUGAAGCUGAUCUCUGCAGAAAUCUUGUUUGAAGAUGACAAGGACGAGGAAAGGAUGGAAAGAGCCUCUCGAUUGCUGGCACACAUGUCUGGUAGAGGAGCUGCAGGCUCAAUUACUCGCACGUGGCACAUUCCGUACCUGAACUCUAACGGUGUUCGACAAGAACUCCUUGUGCCUCUUCAUGAGCCAUGUUAUGUAGGUAAUGACCUUGGGUUCAAGACAUGGGGAGCAGCACCAAUGAUGGCCAAGAAAUUGCUGCAACAAAAUAUCAUACCCAACCUUCCAGAUUGCCGUGUGCUUGAAUUAGGCACAGGCACAGGCAUGGUAGGCUUGAUAUGUGAUCACUUGGGCGCCAGUGAGAUUCAUGUGACAGAUUAUCAUCCCCGUGUACUUGAAAACGUGGCGUAUAAUGUUCAAUUGAACAAAUCUCGAGCCCAAGUAUCCAAACUCGACUUUAUCCAAGUUGCCAAAGACGAAGCUAGUGAAUGGCAUAAUCAACAGUUUGACAUUGUCAUUGCCAGCGAUUUGCUGUACGAGAUGGAACAUGCCGAGUACCUUCCGAUUGCUGUUGAGAAGCUGAUGAAGAACGAUUUCUAUUUCAUGAUUCCAUUGCGAGAGACACAUUGGGAGGAAGUGCACCACUUUGAAGCCAAGAUGAAGUCUUUAGGGCUGUCGAUCAGACGAAUGCAAGACAGUGAGAGAGAGGAGGAAGAGGGGCUGGUACAGUUUAGAUAUUAUGAGUACACCCGUGGUGCAAUAUCAAAUGUAUCACAAUAG